AGACGUAAUCAGUGACUCGACGUAACUAACAGACAUAUAAUCUCCCACUGCUCUCUCCUCUAUCUAUAUAGACAGACAAUUGUCCUCUCAAAGUUACAGAUUACUGCGAAGGAAAACCAUGAGUGACAAGCACCUCAAUGCCCAGCUAUUUGAACUCAACAAUGGAACCAUUCGUGUUCUCCUCACCAACUAUGGCGCCACCAUUAUUUCCCUCUUCGUCCCUGACAAACAAGGAAAACUUGAUGACAUUGUUCUUGGGUUUGACUCUGUAGAAGAAUAUACGAAAGGGAAUGCACCUUAUUUUGGUUGCAUUGUGGGUCGGGUUGCCAACAGAAUUAAGGAGGGGAAGUUCUCCCUCUAUGGGAUUGAUUACUCUUUAGCUGUCAACAAUGGGCCAAACAGUCUCCAUGGUGGUAAUAAGGGAUUUGACAAAGUUGUGUGGGAUGUUGUGGAACAAAAAAGUGGGGAACAACCAUCUAUUACAUUCAAGUAUGAAAGUUAUGAUGGGGAGGAAGGAUAUCCAGGAGAUGUUACUGUAACCGCUACUUAUAUACUAAUUUCUUGCAAAUCAAUGAGGUUGGAUAUGGAAGCAGUGACUAAAAGUAAGUCUACUCCAGUCAGCUUAGCACAGCACACCUAUUGGAAUUUAGCAGGCCACAACUCUGGGAAUGUGCUUGAGCAUUUGGUUCAGAUUUGGGGAUCCCAAAUAACCCCUGUGGAUCAGAACUCAAUUCCAACAGGCGAAUUCUUGCCCGUUAAAGGCACAGUUUUUGACUUCACUUCAGAGAAGAAAGUAGGAAGCUCAAUCAGUGAAGUCCAGGGUUUAGGGUAUGACCAUAAUUAUGUCCUUGAUUGUGGAGAAGAUAAAACAGGAUUAAAACAUGCAGCUAAGGUGAAAGACCCUUCUAGCUCUAGAGUGUUGAACUUAUGGGCAGAUGCACCUGGCAUGCAGUUCUAUACUGCAAACUAUGUGAAUGGUGUCUCCGGGAAAGGUGGGGCUGUCUAUGAAAGGCAUUCAGGGCUAUGUUUUGAGACUCAGGGCUUUCCAAAUGCCAUUAACCAACCGAAUUUUCCUUCUAUUAUUGUUCAUCCUGGAGAGAAGUACAAGCACACAAUGUUGUUUGAGUUUUCAGUUGAGUAGAUUUUUUAUUUAGGGAUUAGAGAGGAUUUUUCUGGUUGGCUUUAGUUGAUUUAAUUAUUAUUGUGUUUUGGGAGCUGGAGCCUUUCUUUGGUCUCCAUAGGGUUUUCUUAUAGUUGGAUUAUAUAUGAAAGAAUUCUAAGUAACAAUUUAUUGGUGGAAUAUCAUGAUUUCGAGAUUUCUAGAGUGCA